UGACGUAGCUGCUGGGAUUUAUUUGAUUUAUUAUGUAUUUUCUAUUCGACAAAGCAGAUGCGAUGCGAUCAUUUGCUUCCUCCGUGUUCCUAAAAAAAAAAGUAAAAUAAUAAAUCAAGAAACCGCAGAGGAUGAAGACGAGGACGUUAAACAGGCGUGAUGCGUUCACGGAACUCUGCGAGAAGCGGCUCGCAUGACCGAGGAAGAGCGGGAAGGGGAGGACGUCGGUGUCUUUCCGCAGCCGCCGCUAACUUGUCCCUUUGCGUGUCUCUUUGCGCCUUUUCCCGCCUCGCGUUGCGUUUUUGGCGCCGCUCGGUGUCCGCCAGAGCAGCGAGACGGACGCGGCGCCGCCCAGAUAGCUCAUCCCCGGGCUUGGCAGGUACAGGAAGCGCCGCUGAACAUCUCCGUGAUCCAUCAACACUUCCACCCGGGGGAGAGACCUUAAAAUAGUACACCCCCCACCCCCCCUCUCUUCGUGGUCGUUGACGGAUCUGAGAUCAGUCAGUCAGACUGCGAGGUUGUGGUCUGGCUAAGAAGAAGAAGAAGAAGGAGGAGGAGGAGGACGUCGCGACAAACACCUCCACCUCCGGCGGUUCCGACCCAGUCCAGAAGCAUCUUGCCUCUCGGAACCCUGUGGGCUUGCGGGGGGAGGGGGGUGGGACCAGGGAGUUUUGGGUGUCAAUCAGCCAAAAAGGAGGAGGAGGAGGACCGGAGCUCCUUGCAGCCUCGACACGGACCAACAGACCCAACAGAACCAGAAUCCGGGUGUCGGUUGGAGUCAAAGUCCAGUUCUGGAUCCAAGUGUGGUCAGGGACCUUGAGACCAAGGAGGGUGCAUGGAGGGGUCCUGGCCUAUAAGUCCUGGGUCCUCGGCCUGCCUGUGGUUGGGGCUGGUCUCGGCAUCAGUGAAUUUCAUUUGCGCGGAAACCCGGACCACCCCGGGUCCGUCGCUCACCCCGGACAAUGGCACCUGCCCGGGGAACUCCAAGUGCAGUCCCGGUAUCAUCCUGCCCAUCUGGUACCCGGAGGAUCCCUCCAUGGGGGACAAGAUCGCACGGGUCAUUGUGUAUUUUGUGGCCAUGAUCUACAUGUUCCUAGGGGUGUCCAUCAUCGCGGACCGCUUCAUGGCCUCCAUCGAGGUCAUCACAUCGCAGGAGAAGGAGAUCGUCAUCAAGAGGCCCAACGGGGAGACGACCACCACCACGAUCCGUGUGUGGAACGAGACGGUGUCCAACCUCACUCUCAUGGCUUUGGGAUCGUCCGCCCCCGAGAUCAUGCUCUCCGUCAUCGAGGUUUGUGGACACGAGUUCAAAGCGGGCGAGCUGGGGCCGUCCACCAUCGUCGGCAGCGCCGCCUUCAACAUGUUCGUCAUCAUCGCGCUCUGCGUUUCCGUCAUUCCCCAAGGGGAGGUCCGCAAGGUCAAACACCUGCGAGUGUUCUUCAUCACGGCCGGCUGGAGCAUCUUCGCUUACAUCUGGCUCUACAUGAUCCUGGCCGUCUUCUCUCCCAACGAGGUCCAAGUCUGGGAGGGCCUUCUCACGCUGGCCUUCUUCCCGGUCUGUGUGAUACUCGCCUGGGUGGCCGACCGCCGUUUGCUCUUCUACAAGUUCAUGCACAAGAAGUACCGCACCGACAAGCACCGGGGCGUCAUCAUUGAGACGGAAACGGAGCGCUCCAAGGGGAUGGAGAUGGAUGGCAAGAUGGUUAACUCUCACUUCAUGGACGGCAAUGCCGGGAACCUGGUGGGUCUGAUUGAGAGCAAGGAAGUGGACGAAUCCCGCCGCGACAUGAUCCGCAUCCUCAAAGACCUGAAGCAGAGGCACCCGGAGAAAGAACUGGACCAGCUGGUGGAGAUGGCUAACUACUACGCUCUCUCGCACCAGCAGAAGAGCCGUGCUUUCUACCGCAUCCAGGCCACGCGUAUGAUGACGGGAGCCGGGAAUAUCCUGAAGAAGCACGUAGCGGAGCAGGCUAAGAAGAGCGCCAGCGUUCAGGAGGUCCACGUGGACGAAUCCGAGGAAUACGUCUCCCAUGUGGCCUUCGAGCCCGCCGCGUACCAGUGCUUGGAGAACUGCGGCGCCGCCAUCCUCAGCAUCUCCAGGAAGGGCGGCGACAUCAACAAGACCAUCUACGUGGAUUACAAGACAGAGGACGGCUCGGCCAACGCCGGCGCCGACUACGAGUUCACCGAGGGCACCGUGGUCUUCAAACCCGGGGAGACGGUGCGAGAAAUCAGCGUCGGCAUCAUCGAUGAUGACAUCUUCGAGGAGGACGAGCACUUCUUCGUGCGCCUCAGCAACCUGCGUGUGCUGGAGUCCGAGGAGGAGCUGCUCUCCACCGAUGGUCUCGCCUACCCGAAAGCCGUGUUGGGCUUCCCCGCCGUCGCCACGGUGACCAUUCUGGACGACGACCACGCCGGCAUCUUCACGUUCGAGAGCGGCACAGCGCACGUCAGCGAGAGCAUCUGCGUCAUGGAGGUGAAGGUCCUGAGGACUUCCGGCGCCAGGGGGACGGUCAUUGUGCCGUAUCGCACUCUGGAGGGACUCGCCAAGGGGGGCGGUGAGGACUUCGAGGAUACGUUCGGCGAGCUGGAGUUCAAGAACGACGAGACCUGCAAAGUCAUUCACGUGAAAAUCAUUGACGAUGAAGAGUACGAGAAAAACAAGAACUUCUUCCUGGAGCUGGCCGAGCCUCGCAUGGUGGACAUGAGCCUCCAGAAAGAUGUUCCAGACAGGAAGUUGACGUCCGACGAGGAGGAGGCCAAGCGUAUCGCCGAGAUGGGGAAGCCCGUGCUGGGGGAUCACUCCAAGAUGGAGGUCGUCAUUGAGGAGUCUUACGAGUUUAAGAGCACGGUGGACAAGCUGAUCAAGAAGACCAACCUGGCCCUGGUGGUGGGCACCAACUCAUGGAGAGAGCAGUUCAUGGAGGCCAUCACCGUCAGUGCAGACGAAGAUGAGGAUGAGGCGGGCGAGGAGCGUCUUCCGUCCUGCUUCGAUUACGUCAUGCACUUCCUGACGGUGUUCUGGAAGGUGGCGUUCGCCUGCGUGCCGCCCACCGACUACCUGAACGGCUGGGCGUGCUUCGUGGUGUCCAUCGUCAUCAUCGGCCUGCUGACCGCCGUCAUCGGUGACCUGGCGUCGCACUUCGGCUGCACCGUCGGCCUGAAGGACUCGGUGACAGCCGUGGUCUUUGUGGCGCUCGGCACGUCCGUUCCAGACACGUUUGCUAGCAAGGUGGCGGCGGUGCAGGACACGUACGCCGACGCGUCCAUCGGGAACGUAACGGGCAGCAACGCGGUCAACGUGUUCCUGGGCAUCGGCACGGCGUGGUCGGUGGCGGCCAUCUACUGGCACAGCAAAGGCAAGCCCUUCGUGGUGGAGGCCGGCUCGCUGGCUUUCUCCGUCACGCUCUUCACCAUCUUCGCCUUCCUGGCCGUGUCGGUGCUCCUCUACCGGCGCCGCGCCCACAUCGGGGGGGAGCUCGGGGGCCCGCGGGGGCACAGACUGGCCACCUCGGGCUUCUUCUUCAGCCUGUGGUUCCUCUAUAUCCUCUUCUCCAGCCUGGAGGCCUACUGUCAUAUAGAGGGCUUCUAGAGGACUGCAGCAGAGCUUUGACCCGCCCCUUCCCCUUCUUCCCAACACACAUACACACUACUGGAAGGAUGCAUGGAAGCAUGUCCGUCAUGGCGCUUCCACACCAUGCCAAGGGGUCCGGAAUUCCACUGGAUGAGACCACGUGGACCACGAGAGUCUAUAUUUUCCUCAACAUCCUCACCACAGAAGACACUUUUGUAAGAAAAGUAUUUUGGGGAUAAAAACGCUAAAAAGGAACAAAACCACCAAAAAAAACAAAACACUUUCAAAUGAUUCUAAACGAACAAAGUGACACAACAUUAUGGGAUGGACGUUUAAUUUAAUUCAUUUUUCUUAAAUGUCCUAAUUUGAAAGGUUGACUCACAACAUUGUGGAAUUGACUUUUAAUUUAUGUUUUAUUAAAAUAUCCUAAGUGGGAAAAGUGACACACAAUAUUAUGGGAUGGACUUUUGCUUUGACUUAUAUUUUAUUAAAUGUCCUAAGUGGAAAAAAAGUGACACACAACAGUGUGGGGUGGACUUAUGCUUUGACUUAUAUUUUAUUAAAUGUCCUGAGUGGAAAAAAAAGUGACGCACAACGUUAUGGGGUGGACUUUUGUUUUUAAUUGAAUGUUUUGUUCAAUAUCCUGAGUAGAAAAAGUGACACAAUAUUAUGGGAUGGAGUUGUAUUUUUAUUUAAUUUGACUUCAUGCUUUGGCCUGCACUGUGCAGGCACUGCAGAACCGAUACCACUUGACACUAACCACCAUGUGCUGCACUCUGUGUACAUCUAUAUACAGUAUUAUCAUAUAUUCAUAUACUUUUUGUGUAUUUUUAAAAAAAAAGUGUGCCCACCUUCUGCUUCUUUUAACAAGAGUAGGGAAACGAGGGGAUUCGAACUACAUCCUGGAAAACAUCAGUCCUUAAGCUUGCCUGUUUUCAUUACACUUCAAACGUGGAUUCAGAGGUAUUUUUUUUUAAACUUCCAGGCACUUUUGCUGUAGAGAUCUUAUUUGUGGAGAUGACCACCCCACCCACCCACACCCAACCCCCACUCAUCUGCUUUUCCAUACAUUUAUAUAUUUACACAUAAUAAUGUUGCUUUAUUUGAAAAUCUCCUUCCCUUUCUCUUAAAGGAUGCAUUGUUUUUCAUUUUUUUGGAGGGCAACAAACGUACGAAAAACAAUAUGCUGCAAAUUUGGAGUGAAUUUUAACGUCACGCAUCAUACAACUAAUUUACCAUUUAUAACUCGAGAUGAAUUUCAACAUUAAUUGCAACAAACAUGUUAGAAUAUGUUACAUUUUUCAUGAAUUGGCGACUUUAAUGAAGGUUUUGGUAUUUUAAAGCAAACAAGCAGUGUUUAUAAUUCGACAAAAACUAGCAAAAACGUAAAAUAGCAUUACAUUUGGAGUGAAUUUUAACAUCACGCAUCAUGCAACUAAUUUACCAUUUAUAACUUGAUAUGAAUUUCAACAUUAAUUACAAGAAACAGAUUAAAAUAUGUUAGAUUUUUCAUGGAUUGGAGACUUUAAUGAAGGUUUUGGUAUUUUAAAAGCAAACAAGCAGUGUUUAUAAUUCGACAAAAACUAGCAAAAACGUAAAAUAGCGAUACAUUUGGAGGGAAUUUUAACGUCACACAUCAUACAACUAAUUUACCAUUUAUAACUUGAUAUGAAUUUCAACAUUAAUUGCAACAAACAGAUUGAAAUAUGUUAGAUUUUUCAUGAAUUGGCGACUUUAAUGAAGGUUUUGGUAUUUUAAAGCAAACAAGCAGUGUUUAUAACUCGACAAAAACUAGCAAAAACGUAAAAUAGCGAUAAAGUACGCAGGGAAAUGUGAUAUUUUAUAUUGGACCUGGUAUUAGAGUCAUAUACAUGUGACAUAAUUGAAAUAUUGAAGUGUCUUUAUAUCCACCACAAGUCAAUGACCUGCAACUACAAGCCAUAUUUUCAAGCCAAGAAGAGGUACAGUAAUCCCUCACUACUUAGCUUGUGAAUUUCACGGUUUUAUCCUAUCACAGCUUUUCAAAAAUAGAUUAAUUAAUAAAUCAUGCUAUCUUGCUGAUGAAUACGGUCAAUUAGCUGUCAUAAAGAACAUUCAAGUGUGGACAAGGACCUUAGUUGAUUUCCUUUUAGUGAAAUCAAGACUGCAGUGACAUGUAGUAUCCACUAGAGGACGGUGUCUCCAACUUUUAACAGCAGUAGGAGAGACAGCACCGGAUGCUUGGCCCUUGUACUUCUACUUCCUGUACCAGAUUAGGCGCCAAUGAAUACAAAUAAUAAUAUGUGACAUACAUAAACCCCACCCCCACCCCAUCAUUUUGAAUCUUUUCUGUCUUUGCUUCAUAGUUUUGGGGCCUGCAAUGAGAUACCUUUUCCGAAGUGCUUUUGGAGAGUCUAAUCAUAUUUAUUUAUUUGUUUUGGUUCAAUACUGUGGAAUAAAAAAUGUAUUUUAAAAAAUCGGCUUUCUUGCUCACAAGAAACUUUAUAUAAGAAAUUUACUAAGAAACUUUACAAUGUUCAAGCCUUUUCCACUCCUUUUUACGACAUUCAAUUGACAAUAUUGUGGCUGCUUUCCAGGGGUCUCAAACUCAAUUUACCUGGGGGCCACUGGAGCAGGGGUCUGGGUGAGGCUGCCCCCCCAAAAACGCAAUUAUUAAAAACAGAAAAAAAAUUAAAUAAAAAAAACUGUCUUCAAUGCUUUUGCUGCUGCUAUACCCUAUACCAGGGGACUCAAACUUGCGGCCCGCGGGCCAAAUGCGGUCCGCAGGCCACUAGUUGGAGACCCCCGCCUUGAUAUGAAAGUUUAAUGUUUGAUAUGGAUGCUGUAUGGUAUCAUGUAGCCUGAAAUGACAGCUUAAAGCUGUGUGCACACCGGACACAAUUGACGCCAUUUUGCCCCGCCUUUACUACUAAGUAGUAAGUAUGCGGUUUCGAACACAGCACACGUGUGGUUUAUGUAUUUUUAUGUAUUGUAGAUUGUCCUAUUGUUUGAGCAAAAAGCCACUAUUCAUGCUUCAACGUGACUUAAAAGUUUUGUACUGACCUUGUAGCAUUACUUGUACGGCGUUGGAUGGCAACUCUAGUGUUCUCGUGCAGCGUAUUGGAACGCUGCCUCAACACUAAGUUAAACCGGAGCCAAUGAAGACAAUGUUGUUGCAAGACGACCCAUUUACUUCAGACAUGCCGGUGAAAACUGGAAAAAUAAAGCAAAACAAAAUUACUAUAUUCUCAUG